CCCCUGCCCGGCGGCGCAGUAAAGCGGCCGAAGUGGGCGGCGUGUCGCAUCGCCUCCUUAGUCCUCCGCCAGGACCGGAGGGAUGUUCCCCGCCCGGGAGGAGGCCGACAGGACGGUGUUCGUGGGGAACUUAGAGGCCCGAGUGCGGGAAGAAAUCCUUUACGAGCUGUUCCUUCAGGCUGGGCCAUUAACCAAAGUGACUAUAUGCAAAGACAGAGAAGGAAAGCCGAAGUCCUUCGGAUUUGUCUGCUUUAAACACCCAGAAUCAGUGUCUUAUGCCAUAGCUUUGCUGAAUGGAAUUCGUUUAUAUGGAAGACCAAUUAAUGUGCAGUAUCGAUUUGGGAGUUCUCGCUCUUCUGAACCAGCUAAUCAAAGUUUUGAGAGCUGUGUUAAGAUCAAUUCACACAGCUACAGAAAUGAAGAAGCCAUGGGCAGUUCUUUCUUUCCCAUGCAGUUCUUUCCAACUAAUAAUGCAGCUUUACCUCAAGAAUAUUUUUUCUUUCAGAAGAUGCAGUGGCAUGCAUGUAAUCCAGCGCUGCAGCUUCCUUACUGUGAGAUGACAGCACCCCUUCCUAAGAACACAGCUGUGCCUCCUUCACUAAACCAUGUUCCAAAUCUAGAGGCUGGACCCAGCUCUUAUGAAUGGACUCACCAACAACCACAUGACCCUGACCUUUACCAAAUUAAUAAGCGAAAGAGGCAAAAACAAACUAGCGAUAGUGAUAGUAGCACAGAAAACAUUAGAGAAAGUGAAUACAGCAAAAAGUUCCAAAAGUGUAAGAAGAAGAAAAGAUAUUAAUAUUACCUUCAAAUGAAUUUAUCUACACUGGUCUUGAUGCUUUUAAAAGGAAAGAAAGAAAAAAAAAAAAGGCUGUAUUUUACCAAGUGACAAAUGUUAUGGCUUUCUUAUGUUCUUGGAAAUAUAUAAUAAUAUGGCAUCUGA